GGGCAGUUGUCUUGUAAUUCUUAUCGGCCUUUUCCCCCUAAUCUCACCCCCUCUCCCGUUCCGCCGAGACCUUCCUGCCCGUCACGCCUUACCUACAACUUGGCAACAUACUCGAGUACUUAUACCACAACACAUUCCCCUUCAUAUUUGUUAGGCCCUUGCGGUUGAGGUACAAAUACAACCAUUUUCCCCCGUGCUUCCGGCAAAAAACCAUAGCCAUAGACAACCUUUACAGAAGAUGAUCGGAAAUGGAACCUCGAGGCAAUCCCAAACUCGUAAUUCCCUCAUUCUCCCCCCUCCCCUUGUUUAUCCACUCCAUCACGAAAGGAUUACGGGGACUGACUUUCCACCCCGUUUCUAUAGCUCGAGCGAUUUGCUGUAGCUCGUCUUCAGUACACGGUUAACGAGCUCCAGACCAAGGUCGAUCACGACAGAAAUCUCGUGCCCCCGGUGCGCAAAGUUUUUCAUUGUGUUGCCGAUGAAUCGGUGCUCACGGCAAAAAUUGCCGGAUUUAAGGCAUGGGUUAGUGAGGGCUUUAUUACACUCGCUGUACCAUUUUGCAGUAAGUUUUCCCGAAUUUCACACCCUCCCUACUCGUUCUAGCUUAUCUUCCGAUGGAAGCUCACUUAGUCGUUUGUAACAGCUUUGGAUGCGCUCGAUGACACGAAGAAGGGGACAGAUCCCAAGAAUGUCAAUUCUAGAGAGACUAUUCGCUAUCUCGAACGUUGCCAAGUUAAGCCUAUCCGGGGGGCAAAGGUGUUGAGUGCGGGAGAGAUGUUCGCGAACUGGAUGGAAUGCGAGCAGUUUCGGUUGCCGGAGAAUUUGGCUCCUUCGUCCUCCCUUCCGGUGGCGGUGGACGGUAGCGGUGGUGGACUCGGAGCGGUGCCCCCGCCGGUGUGGAUUCAGAAGAUUCUCAACUCCACGCUUUACAAAAUACAUAACUCGGGGGAACGAAGAUCUGUUUCGGAGGAUGGUGUGGAAGAUCCAGUCGUCCUAGUUACCAACUAUGAAGAGCUCCGCAAUUGGGCUGCCCUAUUUGGCGUUCAGGCCGUCGACCUCGCUACCAUUGAGGGGAUGAUUGAUGCCGAGAGCUGGGAUUUCCAAAGCAGGAAGCAGAGAUACGAAGCUUUGAUAAACCCUGCCUCUCCAACUGGCGCGGGUCGUGGCGGGAGGUUGGGCAGCUUCAGUAAAGGCGGUGGCAGGGGUGGCGGAAGGGGUGGAAGGCGUAAUAGCCGCACUAGCGAACAGCCCGCUGAUCCUGAGUAUUCUAGGGGAAACCAUUCCGCAGCCAGCUACACCCUUCGCGGACCACCCCCCGGAGGAGUCGCUCGAGGCCGCGGAAGGCUUUGGGAGCCAUAAUCAUUCACUUGCUUCCGGCUCCAUUUACUCGCACAUGGGGAGGAGGGCACCUGACCGCGAACACCGGGAAACCCCUUGGGAACAAACAAAAGGCGGCUAGUUAUAUCAAAUACCUCACGGGAUCGAACGACUGCCCAGCGAUACCUGGACAAUGUAUUCAUAGUCCUACUGCGCCACACCCACCAGAUAUCGACCAGGCGGCUAGCUAGCGGGGACUCGUCACACACCUGUUUAGCCAAUUGCACGGAGUGGCUUACUAUCUAUCGUCUUGAAUUGUCUGAAAACAGAUAUUUAGUGGUAAAGCACUGGGCAACGAACGGGGCCUUUUAUCCUCCAAUCAUAUAUUUUUCAUUGAUACCAUGUUCUGCACCUAGGGUUUGCGGCUUUCCUUCUUGGUUUGUCAUUUAUCAUGGUUCCUUUCCUUUCCUUUCCUUUCCUUCUCACUCUUGCGCAUGUCCUUUUGCGAGUAUGGUGUGAUGCUAUGUACCUGCCUGCCCACGUCUCUUGUGAGGUGUUUAAUUUUUUUUAUAUAUUUUUGUUUGUUUUUUUCGGGGGAAAAAUGUAGUCACAUCUUGGAGAAUCCCUAUGCUGUCAAGGUUUUCUUUUCUUUUCUUCUUCUUUACUCCCCUCAUAUCUAGUUUGGUGGUUACAAACGAAAGCAGUAAUUGUUUGCUGUAUCUGACUUCUGUCCUUCAAACAAGUUAGUUACUAUUGAAUGAACUCUAUCCUAUGGUG